AUGUUGGCCUUUCUCAGCAUAUUGUGUCUCCUAAUCCCCCUAUAUUGCAUCUACAAGCCACCCCAGAUCAUCAUCCGCUACCUCCAACGUCGGUGGCCCGACGUGCUCUUCCACGUCCCAACAGAAGAAAAGGUGGUCGCGCUCACUGUUGACGACGCCCCUUCGCCACACACAGCAGAAAUCCUUCGCCUGUUGCAGUUGCACAAUGCAGCAGCGACUUUUUUCUUGAUUGGAUCCCAGAUCUCGGCUCACGAAGAUAUCCUGGUCGAUCUCGUUCGAGCUGGCAAUGAACUCGCGAACCAUGCGAUGUAUGACGAGCCGUCGCGUGCACUGAGUGACGAGGCACUGAGAGACCAAAUCCGCACUGUGCAUGCCCAAAUUGAAGUAGCAUAUGCGGCGGCUGGGACUCAAACACAGCCAGAGAAUUGGCUCUUUCGUCCUGGGUCGGGGUUCUUUAGCUCACGAAUGAGACUGGUGGUCAAGGAUUUGGGUUAUCGCUUGGUCCUUGGGGAUGUUUAUCCGCAUGAUCCCCAGGUUCCCUACUGGACACUCAAUGCCCGUCAUAUUCUCAGCAUGGUCAAACCGGGGAGCAUCAUUAUCUGCCAUGACCGCCGAGAGUGGACGGUGCCAAUGCUUCAGAAGGUGCUGCCGGAACUCAGUCGCAGGGGUUACCGCGUUGUGACGGUCUCCAGCUUGUUGAGCAAUUCAUAA